AGGUCAGGCCCGGAAGGACCUCUGGUGUCGGUGCAGCAACGUUUGCUUGGCUACAGCCACCGUGACCUGCCUGUUCUGGUUUCAACACCCACCAGCUCGCAGACGACGAAGGUGACAAGAGAUCAUCUCGCAACACCUUAACGGUCCUCAACCAUGGCGGCCAUCAACCCCGCCCCGGACGCCAAGUCCCUGGACAAGAAGGCGACCCCUUUCGACACCCCGGAUUCGGGCGCCCUCCAGUCACAAUCCGACGAUGAAGUGGGCGAGGUGCGGCCCACGGUCGAGAUGAACGACUACGAGAAGCAGAAGGCGGCCGAAGGUGAGGCGCAUUUCCACCAGCUCGGCUGGAAGCGUCUCACCAUCGUGCUAAUCGUGACGGCGGUUGCGCUUGGGAGUCUCAGUCUUCCGGGCGCCUUUGCGACCCUCGGCAUGGUAGCCGGCGUCAUCCUCACGGUCGGAAUCGGUCUCGUUGCCUUGUAUGCCAGCUACGUGAUCGGUCAGAUGAAGCUCAAGUACCCGCACAUCUCGCACUACACCGACGCCGGCCGCAUGAUGUUUGGCAACAUUGGCUACGAGAUUGUCAGCGUCAUGUUCAUCAUGCAGCUGGUUUUUACCAUCGGCUCGCACGUCUUGACUGGCGCCAUCAUGUUCGGAAACCUUACGGACAACGGCGCAUGCACCGUCAUCUUCACCGUCGUUUCGGCGAUCCUCCUGUUCCUCGUCGCCAUCCCGCCCAGCUUUUCCGAGAUGGCCAUCCUCGGCUACAUCGACUUCGCGUCCAUCAUCGCCGCCAUCUUCAUCACCAUUGUCGCCACCGGUGUGCGUGCUAGCGAGCUGCCCGGCGGUGUCGCGUCCGUGGCGUGGUCUGCAUGGCCCAAGGAGAACCUGUCGCUGGCCGAAACCUUUAUCGCCAUCAGCAACAUCGUGUUUGCCUACAGCUUUGCCCUGUGCCAGUUCAGCUUCAUGGACGAGAUGCACACGCCAAAGGACUACGACAAGGCGAUCAUGUCGCUCGGCAUCUUCGAGAUCUUCCUCUACACGAUCACGGGCGCUCUGGUCUACGUCUUUGUCGGCCCGGACGUCAAAUCCCCCGCCCUGCUGUCGGCCGGCCCUGUGGUGUCCAAGGUGGCGUUCGGCAUCGCCAUCCCCGUCAUCUUCAUCUCGGGCAGCAUCAACACGACCGUGGUGGCGCGCUACAUCCACGGGCGCGUGUACAAGAACUCCAUCAUCCGCUACGUCAACACCCCCAUGGGCUGGGCCACGUGGAUUGGUCUGGACGCCGCCAUCACCCUACUGUCGUGGGUCAUUGCUGGUGCCGUCCCCUUCUUCCCGGACCUGCUGGCCAUCUGCUCAUCGCUGUUCGUCUCGGGCUUCACCUUCUACUUUCCCGCCAUCAUGUGGUUCAUGUUCAUUAGGGAAGGGAAAUGGUUCGAGCGCAAGAAUUUGCCUAUGGCAGCCGCCAACGCUUUGUCGUUUAUCGUAGGCAUUACUGUGCUAGGCGUCGGGACUUACUCUGCUGUAUGGGAUAUUAUGCAUCGGUACGAAAUCGGAUCGGUUUCCGACCCAUACAGCUGCGCGCCCGUCUCUUAGGGUUGGUUGCGCUUCGGUUUAGUUCUUUACGUUCGCUCGGGGUUUGGGGAGUUUGUGGAGCACCAUGAUACGCACUGCGCGCCCGAGGUGCUUGCAGGCAAUGGCAACCCGGCAGCUGCGCAGUCUUUUACGAGAGACCUUG